AUGUUGGUUUGACCACACUAAAUUGCCAAAUGCCAACUUGCCAAGCAGGUUAGCUUGGCAUUGCCUGGGCAGCUGGGCUUGAGAAUUCCUGCAAUUUGAAACCUAAAUCCCAUCUUUCCUGGAAUCAGAAUGUAAUUCUAGCCUCUAGGAAUGUGGGGUCAGAUCUUCAAGAUCAAUCCAGCCUAGGAGAAAAUCAGUUCCAAAAUAUUAGUUAAAUAUAAAGUAAAAUGUAAUUACACAUUUUUAGAUCCAACAUGAUAUGUGCACAUGAUCAUAUAUUUCCCCUCCCAAAUUCCACCCUGCCGGGCGGACAGUGACGAAGCUCCACCUGGAAUUGAUGUUGACCAUUUUGCAGACCCUACCACUUCAGCUCAGCACAAUGAAAUAAAAUUAGACAAAAGCACAGAAGAUGGAGGCUUCUACCAACUGGUGCAAGGACGCAGCAUUGAUAUCCCUGAACAUGCAAGUGGGACGCACCUGGAGGUAUUCUGCUACAAGGGAGAGGCUAAGAAACUCCAAACUUUCUUCAAAACUGUUGAGUUGCAGUUGACAAUCAAAGAGAACACUUUCCACUAUUAUGAAGCAGAGAACGCCUCAAUGGUCAGGCACAUGCACUCACAGAGUUCCUGGUUCUCAUUCACUCCCUGGCAACCUUCCUCUUUCAGACUUGAUCUGUACAAGAAAUCAUGUGUUGGCAUUGAGACGACAGCAAGCUACACAGUUUCUCUGCGUGCGAGAUUCCUGGACGUGUGGCGCGUGUGUCUGCUGUGCGGCGGUGUGCUGGUGUUCAGCGGAGCGCCUGCCCUGGCGCGCAAUUUGCUCUUCCAUUACUUGAGUGCGAGCUGCCUGGCUGUCGUCGGCUCCUUCCUUAUUGUUCUCAUCUUACUCGCCAAGUUUAUUCCUAAGCGGUCAGGAGCCGUGACAUUUAUGUUGGGUGGUUCAGGGCUCUUCUUGUACCUUGCCCAGCUCCUGUACACGAACUUCGUCACACUCAUUAAUGAAUACUACAACAUAUUCUUGGGAUACAUCUCGUGUACGGCUGUGAUAAGCUUCUGUGUGAUGUAUCGCUGCGGUGGCGUGUCGGACGUACGCACGCUGCAGCUGCUGCAGUGGCUGCUGCAGGGCGGUGGUCUGCUCGCAGUGUACUGCAGCAGUCAGUACAGAGAAGUAGCUUUAGCUGCAGUACUACUACUGCUCGCCUACCACAACACUCCAUCAGUGCUGUCUACUACCGUCAAGUCUGCGUGGAGACGGAAAUUUCCUCCGAAGGUGAGGUUGCUGACAGAAGAGGAGUUCAUCCAGCAAGGCAACGUGGCAACCGCCAAAGCCCUUGAGGAUCUAAGGAACUACUGCAGAAGUCCUGACUGCAACGCCUGGAAGACCUUGUCCCGACUUCGUUCUCCUCAGAGUUUGGAUCGCAAAGAACCUCGCCCUUAUCGUCCUUGCCGUUCCCGCAUACCCAGAUUUGCAGAGUUUGUGGAAGGUUCGUCGCACCUCUUGGACGACGAGAUCUUACAGUACGAUCACUCGCACCACAACGGCUCCCCGGGCGCCAGGGUCCUGACGCUCACAGAUGAUGAAGACGACUUGACGGAUGACGACGAGCGCUGAACCAACGUCAGGGCAGCAGUUCGGAUAGUGAACUUGUGUUCGAGUCAUUUGCCUAAAAGGCUGGGGAUGUAAGAACAAAAAACGAUUUGAACAGGUAGACCGCAAGACCUUGAUCUUGCGUUGUGUUACAGUGACAGCUAUUAUGUCAUCCAGGAAGUAGAUUCCUUAUGCUGUGUUUAAUGAUAAGCAAGUGACUAUUUUGAAAUACUAGGUACGUUAUGAGAUAAGUUAUGCGAAUGGUAUUUUAGACUACAACUUGAUGAAUUACUGCGAGGGGAAUGCGUCAUGAUCAUUUUAAAAAGACUGUGAUAAUAAUUAACUGUAGAGUGAUCGCUAUUGCUUAAUCUCGUAACCAUAACUUUGAGGUUCUUGUUUGAAAUACCGACUGAUUCGGUCAAAGGUCAAAAUUAAUUUUUCUGCAUUAAAUUUUGUCAUAGCAUCGUAAUAGCCUAACUAGCUUAAUGGGAUAAAGAAAGAGCAUCUAAUAGUCGUGCAUUACACGAGUGGUGCGAGGCGACAAAAGCGGUGGUCUAAUUGCUUCACAUUUGAAGGAUUUCAUUGUCAAAUAUCAGUUGGUGCUGAAUAAAUUUAAUCCUAGUUUUUAUUUAGCUUAUUUUAUUUCAAAAUGGACUGUUUUCUUUUAUUAGACGGUACAAAAGCACUUUGAAUGACCAUAAUUUUUUAUUAUCAAUUUUUCGAAAAUUUUUGUAAGAAAGAAAUAACAAAGUUUUAUGUUUGGGUUAAAUUUUGGGGCCGUCUGCAUUUCAAACAAGACCGUCUUCAUCCUUCACCUUUUUGAAGAAAAUGCAUUGUAAAUAUCAUGCCGAGACUCUAAUUUCUAUCUUAAUCUUCCUCCGUGUUGCAAGUCGCUCCCAAAAUCUCAUUAAUAUAGUGUGGCUGUGACAUAAUUGGCCUCCGUCCCAUCAUUUGCCCGCCUCCCUCCCUCGUCUCCCUGACGCCCGCCACCUGAGCAACUCUUGGCUGUAUUUCGCCGCUAUGAGCAACGAACGAGUGAUCAGGACUCGUUUUUAUUUCUGUCUUAUGCUGUGGAAGAAGAUAGUGCGUUGUUAAGUAAUAAGUAGCCUCAUAGAUGUUGAUGCUCAACAAAUGUCACUGUGAAGUGCCUAUAACCAUGUUUUGCUUCUAACGCAGUUUGGCCGAGAAUUUUAGAUUUCAGAACAGGACUGUUUGGACGUGAAUAUAUGUGCUUUUUUAAGAUGAAUGAAAGGAUGAAUGCCUGUUAAUUGAAACCUUGCAAAAAAAACUCUAACAAAGUUUUUAACCUUCUUGCUCUCUAUAACAACUCUAUUUCGCCCUGUUUUCCCUCCACUCGAAAAUUUAGAACCCAAGUUUUCCGAGAGUGUGAUUCACUUAGCGUGUUCCAUGACCACGAGGUUGUACAUGAUGAACAAUGGAUCCAAGUCAAUUUCUGUCGUGAAAGUAACUAUCUUUUGUUUAUUUUUAGAUUUGGGAA